AUGGAUGAUCAUAUUUAAUAAGCAUGGCAAUUCUACAGAAACCUCGGAUCCCCUAAAUUCAUCUGUGCUCCAAUGGUGGAUUAAAGUGAACUCGCAUUUAGAAUGCAAACUCGAAAAUAUGGAACCACAUUAGCCUACACUCCCAUGUUGCACAGUCGAAUCAUGACUGAGUCCAAAUCAUACAAAGAUGAAUUCUUCACCACUUGCCCAGAAGACAGACCUUUGUUUGCCUAACUAUGUGGACAUGAUCCACAAGUCAUAAUUAAGGCAGCAUUAAUGAUCCAGGAUCAAUGUGAUGCCAUCGAUCUCAAUUUUGGUUGUCCUCAAGGAAUUGCAAGGAAAGGUCUUUAUGGAGCCUUUCUUUUAGAAAAGAGAGAAUAAGUUCUAACCAUUGUGAAAGAAUUAAAACAAAAUAUUAAGGUUCCAGUUACUUGCAAAAUUAGAGUAUUCAAAGAUAGGAAGAGAACUCUUGAUUUAACCAAAGACAUUCAAUCAGCUGGAUGUUCUAUUCUUACUGUUCAUGGUCGAACUAAGGAGCAAAAUAAAGAUUUUGUUGGCCAAUGCGAUUGGAACAUUAUUGCAGAAAUCAAACAACUACUUCAAAUCCCUGUAUUUGCUAAUGGAGGCAUCUACACCUGGUCUGAUGUUGAAAGAUGUCUUCAAGAGACUAAAGUAGAUGCAGUCAUGUCUUCUGAAGCUCUCUUAGAAAAUCCUGCUCUGUUUUCAGGAGAAAUUAAAGAUUUAAAUGAGUUGGCUCUGGAAUACAUGCAACUUGCCAAGUAAUAUGAUGCCAGAUUGGUUGAAAUCAAAGCUCAUCUAUUUAAACUCCUUUACACAGGAUUAUAGAUCCAUACUGACCAAAGAUCUAAGUUAGCAGCUGCUAAAACCUAUGAAGAACAUCUGGAAGUUGUGAUAGAAUUAAAAAAUAAGAGAGCUGAUAUUCCAAAGGAAGAUAAACUUGGUUGGUAUAAAAGAUACUAAAACUUUAAAUAACCUAAUUAAAAAGAUAAGGAAGAUGAUAAAUAAGAAAAUAUUAUCUAAGAACAGGAUCUGUUGCUAUAAAAUUAUGAUUCAUGAUGUAGAUACUAUGAAUGUAAAUUGGGAAUGAUUGUUUAUAAGUAACUUAAUUGAUUUGAUAAUGAACUA